GGAAAAUCUGCUUGGAGUCUAGCUGGCUAGCCCAUUUGUAGCCUGGAUACUAGUAUCUGGUAGUAUCUGAUCCUCUGAUAUAUCGCUGAUACUGAUACGGCCAAGAACAGGAGCACAGCACCCUUCCCCGAUAUCGCGUGAUCGCCCCCCUAAACUUUCCAACAAUGGCGACGUACCAGAGAACAGGGACCGAGGGCGUCUCCAGUGCCACCGGCAGGACCAGACUGCUGCUGGUAGUUUUGGGAGUCCUGGUUCUCGUGGCGGUGGUGGUGGCUGUUGCCGUGCCGUUGUCUCUACAGAAGCGGAGCACCAGCAUGGACCGAGCCCGCAGACUCAUGUCAGAGGUCCCCUUGGUCGAUGGCCACAACGACUGGCCGUGGCGGAUGCAGGACGUGUACAACAACAGACUGGGUCAGCUGAACCUGGCGCAGGACAUGCGUCCUCUCUACAACCAGUCUCACACAGACAUCCCCCGGCUGAGGGAGGGCAUGGUCGGCGCACAGUUCUGGGCUGCUUACGUCACGUGUGACGCCCAGUACAAAGACGCGUUACGCAGGUUCCUGGGCCAGGUUGACGUCAUCAAACGGUUUGUGGAGAAGUACCCGGAUGUGUUCCAGUUUGUCACCACCGCUGAAGGAAUCUGGGAGGCGUUCAGGGCGGGAAAGAUCGGCAGUCUGAUCGGCAUGGAGGGCGGACACGGUCUGGACAGCAGCCUGGCUACACUGCGCAUGUUCUACGACCUGGGGGUCCGGUACAUGACGAUCACACACAGCUGCAACACGCCCUGGGCUGACGAAUGGAAAGAAACUGGGAAGCAAGUCCCAGAGCACAACGGUCUGACUGAUUUUGGAAAGCUGGUUAUCAAGGAGAUGAACCGACUGGGGAUGUUGGUGGACCUGUCGCACGUGUCCUUUAAGACCAUGCACGACGCGCUGGACGUGACGCAGGCUCCCGUCAUCUUCAGUCACUCCUCGGCCUACGCGCUCUGCAACCACACCAGGAACGUGCCGGACGACGUGCUCAGGAGAAUGAAACAGAACAAGGGUGUCGUUAUGGUGAACUUCUACAACGACUACAUCAACUGUGGUCCCAACAAGACGCCAACAACCAACAUCAGACACGUCGCAGAUCACUGUGACCAUAUCAAGAGAGUAGCAGGGGAAGACUAUGUAGGCAUGGGAGCAGACUACGACGGCGUCGAGAGAGUGCCCGUGGGUCUUGAAGACGUCUCCAAGUAUCCCAACCUGAUGGAAGAGCUGAUCGUUCGCGGCUGGACGGACGAUCAGAUUAAGAAACUGCUGGGACUGAACCUUAUCCGCGUCUUCAAGGAAACAGAAGAGGUCAGUCGCAAACUUCGUCAGACGAUGGACCCGCUAGAAGAUCUAAUCCCCGAGCAAGCUGUAGCGAACGAAACAUGCAGAACCUAUAGGAUAUAGUGUAUUACACUUACAAGAUCUCUGGCUAUUAGUAGAUAGUGUAGUAAUAUACAUGUAGUUAGAGUCAGGACUGCUAGAUGGCGCCAUAUGAACACUGUGAACGUACACAGAUUUUAUGUUGGACAAUAGUUUUGAGUUGUAUGCUACACGUUCAAAUAGAAUAGAAGGUAGAAAUAGUUGUUCUUCUUUUU